UUUUCCAGUUUCCUACGAUCGUGAACUCACCAUCUAUAUCCCGAUUCUCCAUCUUUUUCCCCACCAAGCACAGGACCAACCUACGUCUUCGACCUCUUGGACUAUUUUCCGGCUCACGUAACCGCAGCCAGCCUUUAGGGACCACAAUCAUGACGGACUCCAAAUAUUUCACUACAAACAAAAAAGGGGAGAUCUUUGAACUGAAGGCAGAGCUGAACAAUGAAAAAAAGGAGAAAAGGAAGGAAGCUGUGAAAAAAGUCAUUGCAGCCAUGACUGUUGGCAAGGAUGUCAGUUCUUUGUUCCCUGAUGUGGUCAACUGCAUGCAGACGGAUAACCUGGAGCUGAAGAAGUUGGUCUACCUCUAUUUGAUGAACUACGCCAAGAGCCAGCCUGACAUGGCCAUCAUGGCUGUCAACAGUUUUGUCAAGGACUGUGAGGACCCCAACCCUCUAAUCCGAGCUUUGGCUGUCCGCACCAUGGGUUGCAUCCGAGUGGACAAAAUAACAGAAUACCUGUGUGAGCCGCUGAGGAAGUGUCUGAAAGACGAGGAUCCGUAUGUGAGAAAGACGGCGGCCGUCUGCGUCGCUAAACUACACGACAUAAAUGCUCAGAUGGUGGAGGACCAAGGUUUCUUGGACUCUCUGAGAGAUCUCAUUGCUGACUCAAACCCCAUGGUUGUGGCCAAUGCUGUUGCUGCCCUGUCAGAGAUCAGCGAGUCUCACCCCAACAGCAACCUCCUGGACCUGAACCCUCAGAACAUUAACAAGCUGCUGACGGCUCUAAAUGAAUGCACUGAGUGGGGGCAGAUCUUCAUCCUGGAUUGUCUCUCAAACUACAACCCAAAGGAUGAACGUGAAGCUCAAAGCAUCUGUGAGCGAGUCACUCCCCGACUGUCUCAUGCCAACUCAGCAGUGGUUCUGUCUGCUGUCAAGGUCCUCAUGAAGUUCUUAGAGCUGCUGCCCAAAGACUCCGACUACUACAACAUGCUGCUGAAGAAGUUGUCCCCUCCACUGGUUACCCUGCUCUCUGGAGAACCAGAGGUCCAGUAUGUGGCUCUGAGGAACAUCAACCUCAUUGUUCAGAAGAGGCCCGAGAUCCUCAAACAAGAGAUCAAGGUGUUCUUCGUCAAGUACAACGACCCCAUCUAUGUGAAACUGGAGAAACUGGACAUUAUGAUCCGCUUGGCUUCCCAGGCCAACAUCGCCCAGGUUUUGGCUGAAUUGAAGGAAUAUGCCACAGAGGUAGACGUUGAUUUUGUGCGGAAGGCGGUUCGAGCGAUCGGACGCUGUGCCAUCAAAGUGGAGCAAUCAGCUGAGCGCUGCGUCAGCACCCUGCUGGACCUGAUCCAGACUAAGGUCAACUACGUGGUCCAGGAGGCUAUUGUGGUCAUCAGAGACAUUUUCCGCAAGUACCCUAACAAGUACGAAAGCAUCAUUGCCACUCUGUGUGAGAACCUGGACUCUUUGGAUGAGCCGGAUGCUCGGGCGGCCAUGAUCUGGAUUGUUGGGGAGUAUGCAGAAAGGAUUGACAAUGCGGAUGAGCUGCUGGAGAGCUUCCUUGAGGGUUUCCAUGAUGAGAGCACCCAGGUCCAACUCACUCUGCUGACCGCCAUCGUCAAGCUGUUCCUUAAGAAGCCGUCUGAGACUCAGGAGUUGGUGCAGCAGGUCCUCAGCCUGGCUACUCAGGACUCUGACAACCCUGACCUCCGUGACAGAGGCUACAUUUAUUGGCGUCUGCUGUCAACUGACCCUGUGACUGCCAAAGAGGUGGUGCUCUCAGAGAAACCGCUGAUCUCUGAGGAGACGGAUUUGAUUGAGCCCACACUGCUGGAUGAGCUCAUCUGCCACAUUGGCUCCCUGGCCUCCGUCUAUCACAAACCACCCAGCGCCUUUGUGGAGGGAAGUCAUGGAGUCCACAGGAAACACCUUCCUGUUCAGCACAGCAGCAUUGAGACCGGUGAAAGCCCGGUGAGUGGCGGUCCAGCCGCCGCCAUGGAUCAGCCUCAUGUCAUCCCCAGCCAGGGCGACCUGCUGGGAGACCUGCUGAAUCUGGACCUGGGUCCCCCAGUCAACGUGCCUCAGGUUUCCUCCAUGCAGAUGGGUGCGGUGGACCUUCUGGGAGGAGGUCUGGACAGUUUGCUGGGGGGAGACCUGGGCGGAGGUGUUGGGGGAAGUCCAGCAGUCGGGCAAAACUUCAUUCCCUCAUCUGUCCCGAGUACUUUUGCCCCCUCACCCACACCUGCCCCCCAGGCUGCCAGCAGCGGCCUGAACGACCUGUUUGAGCUUUCCACAGGGAUGGCUAUCACCACCGGAGGCUAUGCUGCUCCAAAAGCGGUCUGGCUUCCCGCAGUAAAAGCAAAGGGUCUGGAGAUCUCAGGAACGUUCUCUCGGCGCCAAGGCCACAUGUACAUGGACAUGACCUUCACUAACAAGGCACUUCAGCACAUGGCCGACUUCGCCAUCCAAUUUAACAAGAACAGUUUCGGGGUUAUUCCCACUAGUCCUUUACCGAUCCACACUCCACUGAUGCCCAACCAGAGCAUUGACAUCUCUUUGCCCCUGAACACCAUCGGACCGGUCAUGAAGAUGGAUCCUUUGAAUAAUUUGCAGGUGGCUGUGAAGAAUAGCAUUGAUGUGUUUUACUUCAGCGUUCUCAUCCCUCUCAACAUAUUCUUUGUUGAGGAUGGAAAAAUGGAGCGACAGGUGUUCUUGGCAACAUGGAAAGACAUCCCCAAUGAAAAUGAGCUGCAGUAUCAGAUAAAGGACUGUCACUUAAAUGCAGACGCCGUAUCAGGAAAGCUGCAGAAUAACAACAUCUACACUAUUGCCAAAAGAAACGUUGAAGGUCAGGACAUGCUUUACCAGUCCCUCAAGCUAACCAACGGCAUCUGGAUCUUAGCCGAGCUCCGGAUUCAGCCGGGAAACCCCAAUUACACGCUGUCUCUCAAGUGCAGGGCCCCCGAGGUUUCUCAGUACGUCUAUCAGAUGUACGACUCGGUGCUGAAGAACUGAUCCGUCUCACCGGGCGACAACUCCUUUCUUUGCUAACAACGUUUCCAUUUCAUUUGUGUGCAGUUGACUGCCAGAGUAAGAAAGCCCCAAGCAGUAAAUGAUAGACGAGUAACAUUAAAUAUAGUAGCUGUAUUUUUCCUAUAACAGAUCUACAAGACAAACACGAGCCAGUGAAUAAUGUGCAUUAUUGAAUCCUUUAAUUCCAUUUCUAGUUGAAAUGUUUACCUCCCAGAAAAGCUGGUGUACCAUUCCAUCCCUUAACUUUGUGUCUUAUUGUUGUGACUGAGGAAGGAGGGGCCCCAUGAUGCUUUUGUGCGUGUGUGUGGCUUCAGCUAAAAUGUUCUGCCUUUUUUCCUUACAAAAAAUUCAUUAUUAUGAAACAAUAAAAUCCUCCAUUGAUGAAUUUGUUAUCCAUGUCUAACCCGAUGAACAGGUCUUAGUCGAUUCCAAGUUUUGGUCAUUUCAGAACUCAAAGCAGCUCUUCUGUUUCUACAGUGCCACUCCAUUUUACUGUUAUUGCACAAUAAAUGUCCCAGUGAUGCACAUCUUUGUUUUGUUUUUCCAUCUACCUCUUUAUUUGUUUUCGAUGGCUUUAUUGAUUCACUUUCCUCAUUUAUUUCUGUGAUUUCUGUUUUUCCUUUUAAACGCCAGGUUCACUUUAUGACAAGUCAGCCAAAACCCACAAGACCAAGCAUCCAUGCAGAUUUAAAAGUUCCUAAAGUGACAUUGUGACGUUUCAUGGUGUAACAUAAAUAGAUAUUGUGCUCACACCCUUUCACACAGUGUUGUAUUGUGGUCCAGCAGUUCGGAAUUGUAGAAAAUCCAUUAAACUUUUGUCCAGUUGUAAAUAAAAUGCAGCUUUGCCUUUAUUCCAUCAAGCAAAAUUCUUUUCCAGUGGGUUGCUUUUGUUGUUUACACUGUUUCCUUAGAUUGCUCCGUCUGUUUUUCUGCUUCAUUUUUCCCGUCUCACGCCUUCCCAUGUUGGUUUUCCCUUAGUUCAUCCCCUCUUUCUCUUUUCCCUGAAGAUGUACACAAUAUUCAAAAGUUGUUGCCAGCAAACAAAGUACAAAAAGUCGUACGGAAAAUGUUAAAUGGAGCAUUUCAUGUAUGAUUGCUUAAAGUCUGUGUUUAAACUGUAAUAACCAUUCUUAUGUUAAUAAAUCUUGUGCAACCAGA